CGAAAUUCCUUAACUGCAAAAACUGGAUCGUAUUGUUUACAGUGGCAACCAAAAAUUAAAGAGAGUGAGAACGUAAUAUUUCUUCAUCAGUCAUGUUUUCUGAUGAGACUUUAGAUGGAGUGGAAUUCAAAUCCUCUUGGAAGAAGGAAAGAACACUGUUGUCAAAUGGUUGUCAGACGUCAGAGAUUCACAUCAAAGACACAGGCUCACAGGUUAUCAAACGAGUUCACCAAGAGAUUCAGACGGAUCCGGAACCAGAGAAGACUGUUGAUCUAAGUCUACUUGGAAGCCAACCCCCGGGGUUGGCUGAAUUCCUGAACCGUGUUUAUCCUGAAUUUGCAAAAUGUCUGGAUGAAAAUGCAAGGAGUCAUGCAUUUGAUGGAUAUGAGGUAGAUUGGCAAGAGGAGAGUGAAGUAGUGACAUGCCUGUAUGUUUUAGAGCAUGCACCUUUGAACAGAGAACUUCAGUGUACCAAUCUCUCAUGGAACUGUAAUGGGUCCACGGUGGCAGUGGCUUAUGGGAGAAUGGAUCACCAGGACUGGUGUACUCAUAAGGGCUCUCUCUGUACAUGGAAUGUGGAUCGGGGUAAAGUCUGUCCGACAAAAGCAGACUCAUCAAUCGAUACAACGAGCUGCCUGAUGUGUGUCACAUUCCAUCCCACUCUACCAGCAUUGGUAGCUGGAGGAACAUUUAAUGGUGAAGUGAUGAUUUGGGAUCUGAGUAAAGAUGAUGAGAAUCUUAUUGCUACAUCAGGCAUCAGUGACGAUACGCACAGAGAACCUGUUACUCAAAUUACAUGGCUUCAGGAUCCUGAUAAACCAAAGAAAUAUGAUAUAAUCAGUACCAGUGCAGAUGGGAAGAUUCUUUACUGGCUGUUCAACGAGAAGGGCUCCCUCACAUUAGAAGGAGGGUUUGUCUUGCUGGCUAGCUCCCUGCCUGCUAUGGUCAACCAAGGGUCAAGGUCGAGGGCUGACGGGGAGAUGGGAGUGAAUGGACUAUCCUUUGUUGAAGAGGACAAGAGUAUGUUUGUUUUAGGCUCUGAAUCGGGAGGAGUUUUCAAAUGUUCCAUGAACUCAAAGGCCUCUGUUCCUACAGGUGAAGUUCUGCUGUCCGUGCCUCUUUACUCCCCCGUCACAUUUGCCUUUCAACCUCACAACGGACCAGUCCAUGCUGUGCAAUGCUCACCCUUUCAUCGCAAUCUAUUCCUUUCAUGUGGGACUGAUAUGAGUAUUAGAGUAUACAGUAUGUUAGAGUCAAGGCCCAUCUUCUCAAUCGAGCCUGCAUUGGGAUAUCUGUUCUCCGCUCAGUGGUCUCCAGUGCGCCCUCUAGUGUUUGGAGCAGCCACAGGCCAAGGCCAGCUUCUACUCUACGAUCUAAAGAAGAGUAAAGUCAAGCCAGUGUGUACCCUUGAGGCUAGCUUGGAAAAGAAACCACUUCAUGUCGUACAGUUUAAUCAGAAACAUCGGCGUCUCCUAGCUACCGGUGAUGCGCUGGGGACAGUCAUGAUAUGGCAGCUGAGUGAUGAGCUCUCCAUUCAGGCCAAUAGGGAGAUGGAAUCCCUGGCGGACAUUGCUGACUCUGCCCUUGAUCUGUAAACCCAUUCAAAGCAAUUAUUCCACAUUAUUUGCAUUUCAUUUCAAUCCUCCCAAAUUAAAAUAAGGCCAUUAUUCUUUUCAAUAAUUCAAACCUGUAAGUUACAAAAUAUGCAUUUAAUUAGACCAUAAAGAAAAACUGUUCUAAGUUGUUUUAAAAAAAACUUUUAAGUAUGAAAUCUUACUGAGGAGAAAGUCACAUAAUAUUUUGUUGUUGAAUUGUAAGAAUAUAAUUGCAGAAUGAUAUGCAGUCAAUACAUGACACUGAAAGUACCUGACUAUAAUCCUGCACAGCAAAAGAUGGUUGGGCACAAAAUCUGUCAAUCAGUAGAAUAAGUAGAUCAGUGGUUCAAAUCUCUGCUAUGGUAUCAAUCUAAGGCUUACCAGAACUGAUGCCAGGGUAAUAGUAUUUGAUAUGCACUUCUAAUUGUGUAAUGGAUAUUUAUAUUAACUGUUCAUAUAAUAUAGCCUGAGGCUGGGAUUUCUGAGUUCAAUGGUUGCUGGAUAAAAGUUCGUAGAUUUACAUACCUUGAAUAGUAGCUAAGACCGCUGAGACCAAUAUCGAUGCCAUGUGGCAUCAAGGCUGGCCUUGCCUCUGUCCGUACUGUGUAUGUGUCUUGAUUCCAAUUCUUGUAGUUGGAGUUUUGUGUCAUGAACCUUAAACAUGUUUUAAGAUUAGAAAAAAAAUCAGUGUUCUUAUCUUAUGUUUUUGUCAUUAUCGUAAUAUUACAUGACCAAAUUCAGACCCUACAACAAUGGUAGAAUUCAAAUAUAUUUAUAUAUCUAAAAUAUAUCAUAUUGUAGCUAUUUUUGUAUUCGGAGAUAUAUUCAUGUUUGAUGUUCAUGAUAGAAAAUAGAAUUUCACUUAACUAACAUCCAAGAACCAGUUCCUGAAUGGCAAAUGUAAUAUGCAGAGUAAUUAUUUUUGCUGAAUGAAUGCAUGCUUUCUUAGAAAGUCAAGAAAUAGCUUAAUACAGCACUUCAGAUCGAUUUACAAAAUGUGAGUUGUAUUUUGUAUUAUCUUGUACAAAAUGAAACUUUGGAAUGUUUGAUAUUUAGAUGAAAGAAAAAAAAUGUGUGAUUUCAAAAUAGAAACAUGUGAUGAUAUUGCAUUCUUCUAUUUAUUGUCAAGUGUUUGUAUAGUAUUUAUGGUUCUCUUAUGUUUAACGUUGAGAAUGUUGGGGAGGGGAUCCUAAAUAUAUUUGCAAAUAAACUUUUAGUCACCCUCUGUUGAAUUCAAGGAAAGUUGAAAUGUCAUGAUGCAUUGAUUGGGAAUUCAAUUGUGCAUUUUCCAGUGUGCAUGUGGGGGAAAAUGUGCUUAGUAACCUUAAACAUCCUUAUCUUACUCCUAGUAAACUUGAAAUAACUAAGGGGGUAUUAAUCAAUCAGUUUGCUGAUAUUCUUGUCUCGCCUGCAUAGCAGAGCGAGACUAUAGGCGCCGCUUUUCCGACGGCGGCGUCGUGAACAUUGAAAU